AUGGAUCUCUUCAGUGGAGUAGCUUCGGUAUUUGCGGUUUGCGGUCAACUGGAAGCAUGCAUCAAAGGCCUUCGUCAAUUAUACAAUACUUUGAAGUUCGCGAAACGGGACGUGCGACAGCUGAUGGAGGAGGUUUAUAUUUGUCAAGGUCUUUUUGGUAUCUUUAACGAUGUCACACGCCCUCUGGGCAGCGGAGUGAUGAAAUUGGCUCGCGAGAAAAAUCUUGAUGAAGCAUUGCAGACCCAGGCCACUUCAGCUCUUGAGCAAAUCAAUCACAUCAUGACCAAGUUCAAGCCGCUCAUGAAGGGUAACAGCCCUAGCUCAUUUAAUGAACUGUUAGCAAAGGUUCGGUGGCAUUUUACGAAGCAGGAGAUCCAAGCCUUAAUGAUCACAUUUGGUACUGUGAAGCACAGUCUUGGCUUGCUUUCUUGUCUCUUGGCACUGGAAAGCUCUCUCGCGAGAUUUUUACAACAGUCAACAGCGAAUGACAACCAUGAUUUGCUUCUUAGUCAAAUAGCCGCAUUAGAAAAGAUGGUUCAUCGCCAGAACAAGUCUUUGAAGAAACUGGCCAAGACAAUGAAUGAUAAAAUUCAAAAUAUCCACGAGUCGCCGCUGGUAUCCAACACAGAAUCGAUGAUAUUCAUCAUCAAACAGAUCCAGAAAGUGCCCGUCGCUGGGGCACGAGCGGUUAUCGCUCGGGAAAGGCGAGAUAAUUCUUCACGUGCUAUGACCCCACCACCAAGGGCCAGCGAUUCCAUAAGCAUGCAAAAUCCAAGGAACAUAAUACAAGGCAAUACGGGAUUACCUUCUGGUAGUCGUUUGCCUAGCGUGAUACCAUCGCCACACAGCCAAGACACAUCAUAUCAGGCGGUUGUGACUGUGUCUCGCGAGCGUCAAAGGACGCGCGAUUAUGGAGAUGGCAAUAGAGAACAUUAUGAAGGCGACUCAUCUUCAUCUUCCAUCCGGAAUAGCAGGCAUAAUCACAUGUUAUUCGUUCCCAACCCACCUUUCACUCAAGCGGAUUGGGACAGGAGGAAUCGAAACAAGAGUGACCCUGGAAAGAUUUCGUAA